AACUCCCCCUAGCUCACCGAAGCCGCGCGAGGAGGAGAGGAGAGAAGAAUUCAGAGGCGCAAAAACCACCAAAAGCGCAACGCAGCAGCGGCGGCGAUGGGGAACAGCAUCGGCGGCCGGCGCAAGGGCGCCAAGGUGAUGCAGCUGGACGGCACGGCGUUCCGCGUGAAGCCCCCCGCGUUCGCCGGCACGGUGCUGCGCGACCACCCGGGCUUCCAGCUGCUCGAGUCCGAGGAGGUCAAGCUGCUCGGCGUCAGGGCGCGCCCGCUCGCGCACGACGCGCCGCUCCGCCCGGGGAGGCUCUACUUCCUCGUCGCGCUCCCGCGGCCCACCGCGCCGCCGCGGCGGGCGUGGUCGGGGGCGCUGCACGUCGGGGCCCGGGAGCGGCUCGAGUCGCUCAUGCUCACCCGCCGCUCCACCUCCGACCUCUCCCUCCCGGCCUCCGCCGUCGGCACGGCGCCGCCCUCCCCGAUGUCCACCGCCUCCGAGGGCGGGCCCGUCCGGCUCCGGAUGCGCCUGCCCAAGGCGCAGGUGGAGAGGCUCAUGGGCGAGAGCCGCGACUCCGCCGAGGCGGCCGCCAAGAUCAUGCAGCUCUGCGCCGCCGCCAACGGCGGCGCCGUGACGCCAGAGAGGGGGAUACUGCGGACGCCCGAGCGGAGCCCGCGGUUCAUUCCCACGCCUGACUGGGGCAGCGCCGUUGGCUUCGCGCACACGCCGGAGGUGAGCCCGAGGUUCGCGGCCACCCCGGAGUGGGGCACCGGGUUCAUGAUGCCCACGCCGGACAGGUCGGGGUUGCUCAAGACGCCGGAGCGGUGGCCCGCGCUGCCACGCACGCCGGAGUACUCGUCGCGAGACGUCAAGGCCGCCCGGAAGGAGAAGCGAACGCGGUUCGUGGCGAUGCCAGACGAGAUAAUAGCAUGACAACUUUUGUCUGAAAUAUGUAUGAAGUGUAAUGGAUCAAUCAAAACAAAAAAAAUAUAUAGAAAUUAUUGCCAAGAAGCAUGUUGGUUUCAGCAAGAGCCAGACAGCAUGGAGCUGCUGAGCCCGAUUUGCUUCGGUCGUUUUCGCUGGAUCGACCACAGAUUGUUGGGGGGUUAAUGGAGACGAAGACGAAGACGAAGCCGCCGCCGGUUUCCUGUCUCGUUUCACACGUACGACAUGGAGUAGUAUGCCAUAUAUUUUUUUUCUUCUUUUUUACAAUUUUUUUUCACUUGAUGUUUCUGGUAGGGUAGACAUGGUGUAAUUCUGGGUAAUGUACAUGCUGCAACUGUAACGAUCUCGCCAUGAUCUGUUGCUGUAGUUUAGCUGAUGCUUAGAGGAGAAAUUAAGUACGUACUGCGAGUAGUUCGUUCUACGUAUGCGUUAUAAACAUACAUACAAUAUACUUUUGUGCGUAGUGUUAGAAGUGCCAACACCAUCAUCUACCUCGUGUUACUCUUGUUCUACCCCGGUUCUGUUUGUGGCAUGUGAGCCGAUUUUAAUUAUCAUGGUUUUGUAAAUAUUUGAUAAGACAAAACGGUGUUCUGUAGUUUGCUAAUUGCUUGAUGGAUUCUUUUCUUA